GAGAGAGAGAGAGAGAGAGAGAGAAGGGGGGGGGGGACGAGGACAGGCAGGGAACCAGAGGCAGUGUUAAGGAGAAGGGAGAGCACGAGCACUCCUCAAAGAUAACAGGAAACACAGGAGAUACGUGUGGGAGCAGCGUAUCACUAAAAGAAAAGCAGAGACAGAGCAGGGGAUUCAGAGCGUGCAAGUCCAGCGUGCCUGUAGGUCUGUCUGUGUUCCAGCUCGGUGCGUUUCCACGGAUCUCCUGAGGCCGUGGCAGCCAUGGCGUCAGACCCUAGCACCCAGUCCAGGGUGAUGUUCCAGGCAACAGACAAAGCAGAGGAGCCGGCACACCGCAAACUUGGCAAGCUGACAGUCAAAUACAACCGCAAGGACCUGCAGAAGAGGCUGGAUAUUGAGGAGUGGAUCGACGGGCAGCUGCACCUGCUGUUUGACUGUGAGGAAGAAGAGAUCCCAGAGUUAGAAAUCGACAUAGACGAGCUCCUGGAGCUGUCGGAUGAGGGGCAAAGAACCCGGCUGGAGGAGUUGUUGCACGAAUGCGGGAAGCCAAAAGAGGAUUUUAUCAACGGGCUGCUCUACAGGAUAAAGGGUCUACGUAAAAUGUCAGGUCCACUGAAGAAAUAAUUGUAGGUCAAAUUAAGAAUCGAGACAAUGUGGAGCCGCUCAUCUUCGUCGCCCCACACAUUAACCAUUUGGA